CUCCGUAUAAGUUUCAACACAACUGUGAGAAACAGCAAUCACACUAUACCUACAGUGAAUGACACGGAUCUGAUUCUCUUCCUUCUUCUCCGCUCCGCCCGAUUCGCCGUCGUCAACCGGAUCCAUCCGCCGCGGCUCCAAGAUGACCGCAAUCAGCAUCCACGUAUCCGCGCUUGACGGAAUCAUACACGUCAACUCUCUGUUCACAUUUGCCGUAUUCGUCGGGCUAGCUUGGAACCCUCGCGACCCGAAUAACCGGCUCACUGACGACCCGAAAUGUGAGGCCGGGCCGAAAAUCGCGGAGGAUCUGGUGGCGUUUCACGUAUACUCCUUCGCCUCUUUCCUCUUCUCCAGCCUCAUCGCCAUGUGCAUCAAGCAGGUCACCCGACUGGCCGAAGGUGCACAUGUGGAGAUUCACGGCGUUGACAUUUCGGUGGUUGUGAACAAAUUCUUAGUCCAGAUCGGGUAUGGAGUUUGCGCCGUGGGUUCGGUUGCUGGCUGUGUUUGCUUGAUGCUUGCUUUGAGGAAUGUGGUUGAGAUCAAGCUCGGGACAUUAGGGUGUGGAAGCCCGCAUACCUCUGAAGCUGUCUACCCACUUUUUAUCUUUGGGAUUGCUGGACUUAUCUUUUAUGUCCUCACCAUUGUAUAUGCUUUUUUUGUUUAGAAAGUCAUCAAUCAUCAAUUUGCUUGUCCAGGCCGGCUUAGAUUUGUUUAUUAACAAGGUUGGUUGUGGGUGAGAUUGAGAUGUGUUGUAAACUUGUAACUAAUGGUAUGAAAUUGGGAUCCCGUGCGGGAAUCCCACCCCGAUUACUGCUGUUGAUCGACGGUUGUGAUGCAUUUGCUCGGGGUGGGGCUGUGCCCUGCACGGGAUGUAUGUGGUAAUUGUGGCUUUUCAUUUCAUUGAUGUCCUUCAUAAGAGUGUUUGUUUUGAUAGAAUAGAGUGUAGAGGAUACAUGACUUCAUUCUUCAGGUUUACCAAUGAAUGUGUCUGGUUUCUACGGAGUAUAUUUUAAAUUUUCUCUAUUGAAUUGGUAUGGAAUUGGGAUCCCGUGCGGGAAUCCCACCCCGAUUACUGCUGUUGAUCGACGGUUGUGAUGCAUUUGCUCGGGGUACCUGCACGGGAUGUAUGUGGUAAUUGUGGCUUUUCAUUUCAUUGAUGUCCUUCAUAAGAGUGUUUGUUUUGAUAGAAUAGAGUGUAGAGGAUACAGGACUUCAUUCUUCAGGUUUACCAAUGAAUGUGUCUGGUUUCUACGGAGUAUAUUUUAAAUUUUCUCUACUGAAUAUGUUGACUGUCUUACCAAGACUUGUGACUUCAAUCCUUCAUAAUGCAUCCAUCAACAUCUAUGGACUGGAAGUUCCAAAGCCAUGGACAUGACAUGUAUGUGAUCUGAAACGUAAAGCAGGUAUCAAAUGCUAAAGUAGAAACUGCUUCGAAAUCAGUAACCUGCAUUUUUCAUUUUAAUAAUAAAAUUUCCCGGUGGAAUUUUUUAAUGAAAUUUUUAUCCUUCCUUGAAUUUAUUCCCGGUGGAAAUUCUCCUUAAUACUACCGGUGGGCACUUUCCCGGUGGAAUUUUUUAAUGAAAUUUUUUGAGCAUGUUCCUCAUCAAGUCUAGUUUGUCCAUACCAAAUUUCAGCUCAAAAUUCAAUUGGAAAGGCAUUAAAAUCAUUUUUUGAAGUUGACUGCAUUUUUAUAUAAUUGCUCUUCGCAUAUUGUGCCCUGGGUUCGGUUGCAGGCUGUGUUUGCUUGAUGCUUGCUUUGAGAAAUGUGGUUGAGAUCAAGCUCGGGACAUUAGGGUGUGGAAGCCCGCAUACCUCUGCAGCUGUCUACCCACUUUUUAUCUUUGGGAUUGCUGGACUUAUUUUAAUGCCCUCACCAUUGGAUAUGCUUUUUUUGCUUAGAAAGUCAUUAAUUUGCUCGUCCCGGCCGGCUUUGAUUUGUUUACUAACAAGGUUGAUUGUGGGUGAGAUUGAGAUAUGUUGUAAAAUUGUAACCAAUUCUAUGGAAUUUGGACCCGUGCGGGAAUUCCACCCCGAUUACAAGUUUACAACCGUACAACCGUUGAUCUAUGUCAAUCGUGAUUGCAGUUGACUAUGAUCGACGGUUGCGAUGUAUUUGCUCGGGGUGGGGCAGUUCCCCACGGGAUAUAUGUGGUAAUUGCAUCUUUUACUUUCAUUGAUGCCCUUCAUAAGAGUGUGUUUGGUUUGAUAGAAUCAGGUGGUAGAAGAUAUAUGACUUCAGUCUUCAGGUUUACCAGUGAAUGUGUUUAUGUGUUCGGUUUCUAUAUCUUAAAUUUUCUCUAGAGAA